AUGAAAAUCAAAGAAGGCGAUAAAGAAGUAUUGUUCUACAUUUCUAUGCCACCUACCUACUCAGAAUUCGGACCUCCUAAGUACGAACUGUCAGCUCCUUGGCUGGAUAGGAAAGCGAAGGCAAAGCUCCUUCAUGAAUUAGAUACGAUCAGUAUUGAAAAUAUCGGUGAAGUUAGUGUUUAUUUACUAAUCGAACACAUAAGAAGUUCGUUAGAAAGUUACCGCCCUCUGGUGGUAUUCGUAUUGAAUUGUCCCGAGAUUACUCACGGGGAUGUUAUAGUGGACAGGAAAAGCGUCUUCCAAGGGCAUGCAGCUGAAGUACACAGCCUUGAUGAUGUCAAAUCCGUUCUUGCCAAGCUGAAGGAAAAUAAGAAGAUAUCGAGCGCCAAGCAUAAUAUGAUGAAGGAUGUUGAGGCUCUCAAUGCUAUCUAUAAUGACGUGUGGACCGUUGAGAGUAAAGCAACAAGAUCGUACAGUAUGAGAAUCAAAGAAGGCGAUAAAGAAGUUUUAUUCUAUAUUACUAUGCCACCUACCUACCCAGAAUUCGGACCUCCAAAAUACGAACUGUCAGCUCCUUGGCUGGGUAGGAAAGCGAAGGCAAAGCUCCUUCAUGAAUUAGAUAUGAUCAGUAUAUCCGUACUAGCCAAGCUGAAGGAAAAUAAGAAAAUAUCGAGCGCCAAGCAUAAUAUGUACGCGUAUCGUAUGAAAGAGUCCACCGCUAAAGGCACCGAGGUCGUCCUUCAGGAUUUCGAUGAAGACGGCGAGGCCCACGCGGGAAGCCGAUUAAUGCACCUGAUGAAAGUCAUGGACUUGGACAAUACGUUAGUGAUAGUCACCAGGUGGUGA